CUCACUCUCUUUUUCUCUGGUAAAUAAAAAAGUGUAAACAAUGGUAGCUGUGCGACGAAGAAGAACCCAAGCGUCAAACCCUAGAUCCGAACCACCGCAGCAACACAUGGCGGAUGAUACCGAUUCCGAUUGGGAUACAGUCUGCGAAGAAUGCAGCUCCGGGAAACAACCUUCAAAGCUGCUUCUUUGCGACAAAUGCGAUAAAGGGUUUCAUUUAUUUUGUCUAAGACCAAUCCUCGUUUCAGUUCCCAAAGGCUCUUGGUUCUGCCCUUCUUGUUCCAAACACCAGAUCCCCAAAUCUUUCCCUCUUGUUCAGACUAAGAUUAUAGAUUUCUUCCGGAUUAAGCGGUCUCCAGAUUCAUCUCAAAUCUCAAAUUCUUCAGAUAGUAUUGGGAAGAAACGGAAAAAGACUAGCUUGGUGAUGUCAAAGAAGAAGAGGAGGCUUCUUCCAUAUAAUCCUAGCAAUGAUCCUCAAAGGAGACUUGAGCAAAUGGCGUCUCUUGCUACUGCGUUGAGAGCUUCCAACACUAAGUUUAGCAAUGAGCUUACUUAUGUAUCUGGAAAGACUCCAAGAUCUGCAAAUCAAGCUGCUUUUGAGAAAGGAGGCAUGCAGGUUUUAUCUAAAGAAGGCGUGGAUACGUUAGCCUUGUGCAAGAAAAUGAUGGACCUUGGUGAAUGCCCGCCACUCAUGGUCGUCUUCGAUCCUUACGAAGGGUUCACGGUAGAGGCAGAUAGGUUUAUAAAAGACUGGACUAUAAUCACAGAGUACGUAGGAGAUGUUGAUUAUCUGAGAAAUAGAGAAGAUGACUAUGAUGGAGACAGCAUGAUGACUCUACUUCAUGCCUCUGAUCCUUCACAAUGUCUAGUAAUUUGCCCUGACAAACGCAGUAACAUUGCGCGGUUCAUCAGUGGCAUCAACAAUCACUCUCCAGAAGGAAGGAAGAAGCAGAAUCUGAAAUGUGUGAGAUUCAACAUCAACGGAGAAGCUAGGGUUCUUCUCGUAGCUAAUAGAGACAUAUCUAAAGGAGAAAGAUUGUAUUAUGAUUACAACGGAUACGAACAUGAGUAUCCAACUGAACAUUUUGUAUAACCCUGUGAAAUACAUAAGAAAAUUCAUUUAACCUA